AUGUCUGAUAUUGUCAAAGUGAAAGCAGUCGUCAUCGGUGAUGGGGGAUGUGGCAAAACUUCACUUCUUCGCCGAUGGACUGAUGACCAAUUCACAUCGGAGUCGCCAAUAAGUCUUUUCAUCACAUACAUGAAACACAUUGAAAUAGAUGGUUUCCGGCUAGACCUGACUUUGCAAGAUACAUCAGGACAAGGUGUAUAUGAUCGCAUGCGCCCUUUAAUUUACCCAGACACAGAUGUGAUACUCAUUUGCUUUGCGGUUGAUUUGCCGGAUUCCUUGCAUAAUGCUUACGAAAAGUGGUUAUAUGAGAUCUUGCAGCAUUGUCCCAAUGUUCCGUAUGUGCUGGUGGCAUGUAAAGCAGAUCUGCGGAACGAUAAGCGCACACUUGACGAUCUCCAACAAAUCAGCAGGAAACCUGUCACUCGACAAGAGGGCAUGUUGAUGGCUCGCGAAAUGAAAGCCGCCGCUUAUAUUGAAACAUCGUCCAAAGAUAAUACAGGCAUGCAACAGCCAUUGGAUAUUGUUUGCAGGCUUGCAUUAGCUCGGCGACGACCCUAUCAAACAAAAAAAUGCUGUUACCUAUUAUAA